AUGAGUCAAAUAGCACAACAACUCGCCAAUGCUCAACCACAAGGUGCCUUACCUAGUGGAACUGUUACAAACCCAAGGGAGCAUCAGAAUGUGAAUGUCAUCUCAACAAGAAGUCUGAGGAGAUCAAAACCAGAAGAAAAAAAUGAAAUCGAGUAUGAUAUCAUCGAAGUAGAUCUUGAAGUGCGUGAAAAUAAGAAAGUGCCAGAGGAGGUGAUACAACCUGUGAAGCCAACUGAAGAGAAAAGAGAAAAAGAGCUGACACCAUUGAUUAAGUUGCCGUAUCCUUCUCGAGUAGCAAAGAAGGACCAAAAAGAGCAAGACUUUGAGAAGAAGUUCAUGAAGGAAGUGAUAUCUAAAAAGAAACCAACAAGGGGUGAAGGGGUAGUUAAGAAGGAGAAAUGUUGUGCAAUCUCACCAGAGAAGAGAAUACCAAUCAAGCAAAAAGAUCCUGGAUCAGUUGCAAUACCGUGCACGAUAAAAAAUAGAACUUUCAUGAAGGUUCUAAUUGAUUCGGGUGCUAGUGUGAGCUUAAUGCCGUUAUCUACCUUCAAAAAGCUCGGUAUUGAAAAGGUACAAACAGUGUGUCUUUUGCAAGGCGAGAAGCGGUUAGAGAAAAGAAUUCAAAUUGUGGAAGAGUCAGGGGUCUGA